CUUACGACAGCACAGCUUUGUAAAGACUUUAUAAUUAGACUUCGCGUACUAAGUAAUUUCCGUGAAUGCUUCCUCUUCGUUCCUGCAGUGGCCAGCUAACAGAGGUUUUCUAACCUUUCAACUAUGUUUUCCCAAUAUCCACGCAUGUAAUUGUAACUUUUCCAGGAAGCUACGAUUCGUUUGUUAUCUGUGUGAGGAUCUAGACAAAAUACCCUCCGUGUUCACCGACCCGGUUAAAGCCCAGGACAUUCGCUUGUCAUCCUCUCAUUUUCGUAAACAACACCCACUGCGAGAAGUCGAUGACUCACAUAUUUGCUAAAGGAUAACAUGAAUUCGAGUUAUUUAUUUAAAUUACCGUUUACAUGUCCAUCACAGUUCCCUAUCUUCACACGUUCAAUUAUCAGCGUGGUGUUUUUUGGGAGCGAUCAUUAUUCAUUACCUCAUUUACACGCCUUGGAAGAGCGUCAGUCUCAGCAUAAAGAUAUUCGAUUAUUGUUUGUGGUUACUACCUCGGAUAAAACUCCUGUUAGGUAUCAUUGUAUUCAGAAUAAAAUAGAUCACGUGAUUUGGCCACGCACGCUUACGAAUAAUUCAAUAAUCAUCAACGCUGUUAGUCAACGAAUAGAUAAAUUGAAAAGUAUUAAUUCCUUGGAUAAGCCAGAGAAAUUGUUAGGCGUAAUUGUUUCAUUUGGCCGGUUUCUACCCUCAUCACUAUUGUCUUUAUUCAAUUAUGGAUGCUUUAAUAUACAUCCAUCAUUAUUACCAAGAUGGAAAGGUUCUAACCCAUUAUUAUAUACUUUAUUAGCUGAUGAUAAAGUUACUGGGAUUACGUUAUUCCGAUUGAAUCCGAUGCAUACAACUUUCGACUCUGGAUCUGUUUUGUAUCAAAAGUCCAUUCGCCUACCUUGUAAUAAGAAUACAAUGUUAACACCGAAUCAAUUAGCUACAUAUUUAAUGCCACACAGCAUUAAUGCUAUGUUUGAGGUCAUUUUAUAUCCUAACUUACCAUAUUUAGUUGGUGUUGAUCAAUCGGUGAUUUCAGCGAAAUUUCAACUUCCAAUAACGUAUGCUCGUAAACCUCAACCCCACAUGGGUUUGAUAAAUUGGCAGGAACAAUCAGCUGAAGAUAUAAUUCGAUAUUGGCAUGCAUUUCAAGGCACUUGUGUAAAUUUAUUUACGGAGCUUUGUUUAUUGAACACUGUACAAGAAGAGAAAGAGAAUAAUUCCUUAAUUGCAAAUUUUCGUCUAUCCGAAUGUCCAUUGUUGGUACCACACGUUGAUCAUGUUUCUAACAAUAACAAUGGACAGAAUAAUGCUGAAGCUGCCGAUAUAUACUGUCCAAAUUAUGAGUCCAAAGUUAUGGACUAUCUCAACGAGGCUUCAAUUCUUCUGCAUCAACCACAUACAUCAUCAUUACCACCUGGAAGUAUUGUAUAUUUACGUUCACAGAAAGAUGUGAAACAUCAUUUAAUACCAUACACUUUCAUUGCUUGUAAGCCAAACAAUUCUUCACCUAUUAUAACCCAGAUUAAUUCUGUAUCAUGGUUAGCUGUUAAAAGCUUUUUAGUGAAUUGGCCUAAUUCAUCAACGAAGAGUCGACAUUUAACAGCUAUUGAUUUAUAUAAUGGUUAUUUCUUAAAAUAUAUUCAAUCACUAUCAUCGACACUCCCGAUAUCUGUAGUAAAUGAAGGGCGACAUUCUCAACAAUUAGGUGUACGUUAUUUUGGUGAGUUUCGGUCUAACUCUUCGUCUACAUCAUCUUUACUAAGUGGUAAUAAUAAUGGUAAUACCUUGAUAAAACCUUGGAAUGAAUUAACACCGACUAUUCUACCUUCUGAUUUACAGUCAUCAUCUGAUAUGUCAAUCAUUGUAAAAAAUGUACAUAGUUGAUAGUUUAAAUAAAUGUUUUUAAUAGUAAAAA